AUGCUCUUGCACCCCGUCGACACGGCUAGCACCGCCGUCGCGGAGUUAGAGGAUCAGAUGCGCGAGUGGUGGGCGAGCGGUGUGGACGUCUAUGGCUUGUUUAUGCGCAAGCUAGAUGACACGAUAACUGCAAUGGACGAGGGACUAUUUACGGAGAAGGACCGGGUGGAUAUGGCAUCCACAUACCCAGUGCAAGAUACCGGCACAGUCUACCGCCCAGCGCCGUUGGAGAAGACCUCCCGGUACGCGGCGUACUUUGCCAAAGUCUACGUCUAUCAGAAUUCGCGGCUUCCGCCCGACCUCCCGUCGCUCCGAUUACACCCGCAAACCUUCGCCCUCUUCCGUCUCGCAGCGCAGUACUCCCGUGACGUGUACUAUAAGCCGAUGCACAGGGACAGCUGGUCGUACGUGGGCUCCGACUGGCGGCAUGGCACCAAAGCCAUGAUGAUCAAGUCCGUGGCGGUCGCGGACAUGAACACCGUUGUCCUGGCCAUCCGCGGCACGCAGAGCUUCCGCGACUGGGCCGUCAACGUCAAGACGGCACCCACCCCCCCGAGCGGGUUCCUCGACGACCCGUCCAACGCCUGCCAUGCCGGGUUCCUGUCCGUCGCGCAGAACAUGAUCCAUACCGUGGCGAGUCGUCUGCGCAAGCUGAUAGCCGCCAAUCCCGGGCACGCGCCAUACUCCCUGCUCAUCACGGGGCAUUCCGCCGGCGGGGCAGUCGCCAGUCUGCUCUACUGCCACAUGCUGUCGCUGACCGCGCGGUCGGAACUGGCUCAUUUGACCAGCUUUUUCAAAUCCGUCCACUGCGUCACGUUCGGUGCGCCGCCCGUGUCCAUCCGACCACUGUUUCCCCCGCAAUCGCCAUCCCAGCAGCGAUCCGCGUUCUUCUCGUUCGUCAACGAAGGCGAUCCCGUCGCGCGGGCAGACAAGACGUACGUCACCUCGCUGCUGAAUUUGUAUGCCUCGCCCACGCCACACUGGUGCCGAAAGUACAGCUGGCGGGAUCGCAAAGACAAGCCUGCUGUCUGGCGCGUGCCGACGGCGCCCCUCUCCCUAGCCGGACAGAUCGUCGUUCUGCGAGCGCGAUCAAACUACUACAGUCUGCCAGACGAAGGGCCCGAAGGCGUCGAAGCAUGUCUGACGACUGAUCUCGGGCUGCGGCAGAUCGUGUUCGGCGAUCCGCUAAUGCACGCAAUGGCGCUAUACGCGCGGCGGAUCGACGAACUCACCAUGGACGCUUAUCGAUGA